AAAACAUUUUCAAUGGAGGCAACUAAAUUGAUUGGUAUUGUUCAAUCAGCUCCAUCCAAUCGUACUAGUCCAAUCUAUGUAAUAGUGCAUCCUGCGUCAGUAAAACAUGCAAUAAUUGCAUUCGUAUUGAUAACUAUUAGUGUCACACUAACUUUGAUCAUGGUGUGCAACAAAAAAAUGUGGAAAUACAAGAAAACUAUGAUUACUUUAAUCACUCUAGCAAGUCUACUAUGGUGUUUCGCCAUCUGUAUAGCAUUCGCUUAUCCACUUCCAGAAACCAAGUAUAUCGUGUUCGCUAUCUGUAUUGUAUUGAAUGCCUUAGCAGUUACGCUUGGAAUAAAUAUCCACCGGCUUAAGAGGACAGUAUUAAUAUCACUGUUUGGCAUGUCACUGAUGAUCGAUUUGGUUGGAACCGUGAUGAUUUAUCUUUCAUUAGGCAUCUAUCCUAUAAUAACCUUCAUUACAAUUAAUGCUCUGUGAGAUGUUAAUGUUCAAGCCGUAUUGUCUUGAUAUUCCAGAGACUGUUAAUUCUGAAAUCGCAUCGAAGAAAUACUGCUGAUUUUUCAAUUGAAUGAAAAUAAUCAAAGUCACAACUUGAC